CACACUAAUGGAUUCUGGACCUUCACUUUCCAUCUCACUCUUCUUGAGGGUGUUUAUGAUUUCUGCCACAGCAUCAGCAGUCAAUCUUGAAGGGGAGCUUUUCAAGGAUUUGAUGAAGGGCUACAACAAGAAUGUGCGGCCCAUGGAGAAAAGCGGUGAUAUCACUCAAGUCGACAUCAAGAUGACGCUCACCAACCUCAUCUCUCUGAAUGAAAAGGAGGAGGCUCUGACAACAAGCGUCUGGAUAGAAAUGAAAUGGUGUGACUACAGGCUCAGAUGGGACCAACCGCCACGGUCAGCCCUGUAUGGGAACAUCACCUCUGAGCUGCGUGUCCCCUCCAAGAGCAUCUGGCUGCCAGACGUCAUACUGGAAAACAAUGUGGAUGGACAGUUCGAGGUGGCACUUUACUGCAAUGCGCUGGUGUCUCCUAACGGCUGUGUGUACUGGCUGCCUCCGGCCAUCUACCGCAGUGCCUGUGCAAUCACUGUCAACUACUUUCCCUUUGACUGGCAGAACUGCACCAUGGUGUUCCGCUCCCAGACUUACAGUGCCAACGAGAUCAAACUGCUUCUCAAAGAGGAGGAUAACCACACGCUGGAGUGGGUGGAUAUUGACCCGGAGGCUUUUACAGAAAAUGGAGAGUGGGUCAUCAAACACAGGCCGGCUAAGAAGGUGAUCAACACUCAGUACAGUAAAGAUGAGCUGGAGUACCAGGAGGUGGUCUUCUUCCUCAUCAUCCAAAGAAAACCGCUCUUCUACAUCAUAAACAUCAUCGCUCCCUGUGUGCUCUUCUCCUCCCUCGGCCUCCUCGUCUACUACUUACCUGCCAAAGCGGGGGGUCAGAAGUGCACCAUGUCUGUUGCCACUCUACUGGGUCAGACUGUGUUCCUCUUCCUUAUCGCUAAGAAGGUACCAGAGACUUCAAAGGCAGUGCCUCUUAUUGGAAAGUAUUUGAUGUUUGUGAUGUCAGUGACAACCAUGGUGGUGAUGAACUGUGUGAUUGUGCUCAACGUUUCCCUGCGAACCCCAAACACUCACAUAAUGACAGACAAAGUCCGCAAGAUCCUCUUAAACAUCCUGCCUCGGCUGCUGAGGAUGCAGAUGCAACCCUGGACACCGAACAAUGACAGCACCUCAGAGGCUGUAAGUGGUAAAACUCUGACUCCGGACAGGAAUGGCGUGUUCCUGGUCCCCUGCCGACGCCGCAGCUCCAUGACCCUCAUCACCAAGGCGGAGGAAUAUUUUAUGAGAACAGCCCGGUCUGAGCUCAUGUUUGCCAGACUCAAAGAAAGAAACGGACUAAUGAAAUCAGUAUUAGAGAAGCUACAGGACGGGUUUGAGGGGGGUUCAGCUGAACAGCUCAGUGCCAGCCUGGCAAAGGCCUCUCCACAGCUGAAGCAGUGUGUGGCCUCCUGCAAACACAUAGCUGAGACUGCAAGGCAACAGAACAACUUCCAGAAUGAGAAUGAAGAGUGGUUCCUGGUUGCCCGGGUGAUCGACAGGGUCUGCUUUAUUGUCAUGGUGUCUGUGUUUUUUAUCGGCACGAUCGGGAUCUUCCUGAUGGGCCACUUCAACCAGCCUCCCUCCUCACCUUUCCCCGGGGAUUCCAAGAAGUAUCUCCCUCCAAUAAACAACCUCACUAAUCUAUCGGAGAACGGGACAGGAGCAAACUUCCUGGGGUGAACCAGGAGAAAAUAUCCAGAUUUUAUCCCUUUAAUCAAAGUGGAUAUCAGUCGGUGUCCGUCAGUGAUGACAGGGACACAGAGAGAAUGGAGAAGAUGUGGGCUCUGUGGACUAUCACAGACACGCUUGUUCAUGGUGAUAAAGGAUCCACUGCACAGUUGUUUGGAUCCGUGGUGAUGCAUGCUGGUAUCAGCUGCGACAGAUUGUUGAGGUCAAGAAUAUCUUUUGCAUAAAAUGCUGUAUAGGAAAAAAAAGAGCAUGUUCCUUUACUCUUCCGGUUACCAACUCAGUCUCUGAUUUAAGUUUCUUACCAGCUGUUGAUCAUGAUAAACUACAUGAAACAUUUGUUGAUCACACAUGUAAACAGUGGACUGCUACAUGAAUGCUUUUUAUCAAUAAAAGUACUACUCAGACUC